CAGGCGGCGGCGGCCCGGCCUCGCCCCGGCUAGGCUCCUACUCGCCUCUCUGCCCGCCGAGCCCUGGCGGGGCUCUGCCCUUGCGGGUUUCUCCUCAGCCCGCUGCCUGCUGACACCGCAGACGGAGGGCAGGCCCGAGGACCUGCUCUGUUCACUUCAGCCCCGACGCUGCGUUACCUCAGCGAGGGCUCGGGAAGGGGCAGUGUUUAAACAGAGGGACUCUGCAGUCGUGAUAUAUUAAGGACAUGGUGACCGACUUUGACGAAAAACAUGAUGAAUACUUAAUAUCCCUUCAGCAGAGAAACCGGCUACUGAAAUGUUUAAAGAGAAAGGAUCCUGUUCAAAUCAAACUGGAGCAGUUAGAACAAGGAUUUUCUCUGUAUCUGAACGGAGCUAAUUCCGAGCUGAGAAGUUACCGUAGAAAAAUCAACUCGUGUGGCUACCUGAAAAACGAGACAAAGACCACCAGGAGAAACACCCAGCUGGAAGGGAGGGAGUUGCGAGAGCGCAGUGCACAGACCGCACCAAGCAAAAUACAACGCAGAGGUUGGCUUCAGAAAACUGUGGAGAUUAAAACAGAAAGGGGAGCUAAACUCUGCAUUAAACCUCCUCUUGAGUACUCUGAGGAUUUUGAACCUUAUGAAAGCCUGAACCUGGAGACAAAUGAUGAUGAUCCUCAUUACUCCCAGGAAUUGAGAAGAAGCCUGCAACUCAGUAGAGAAGAGAAAAGGAUGGAAGACGACUCUCUUAGUAAUGAUUCUGACUCUGUGGAAGAGGAUGUGUCCUCAGAGCCGUCUCCCACUGAGGAAACAAUUGCAAGCUUUGGAGAUCUUCAGCUCCAUGGCAGUAGAUCAUUGCAGAAAGAAGCUUCUGAAGACCAGGAUGCUGGGAGGUGCUCUGGCCUCGAUUCUGGUGCUCUUACUGUGUUGGAGUUCAACCAGGAUCAAAGCAAAGCGAAGCCAAUACGAGUUCUCUCAGCAAAAAGGAAAGAUAAUGCAGAAAUGUACAUUCCUGUCAGACCAGCCGUGGCAAAAACCGGAAUCACCCGGCCACUCUCUGCUGAGUUCUUGCACCAGGAAACACAUGAAAGAAUUCUUUCUAGACCAUUGACUCGACAAGAGAGACCGUUUUCAGCGGCUCGAAAGAGUGUGUGUGAGAAGGAUCCUGAUCAAUCUGUUUCGGCUGUGGUUAAAGCAAUGCAAAUUGAAAAUGAAGCCUUGCAGGGAGAUCUGCAAAGGCAGACAGCUUCUGCAAGCCCUCAAAAGAAUAAAUAUUCUAUUUCAUCUGUUUCUGCUAUGGCUGAACCUUCAGAAAAAAGCUGGACAAGGACUGCAGUCACAAAAGCUGUUGAGAGUAGUUGUCCUUUUGAAAGCAGACAACAGAAGAAAUCUCUGAAAGCCCUUCUGGAGCCUGAGAGCCAUUCUGCCUGUGAUAAUGAUACAUUCCUGUCUGAUGACAAAUCUGAAGUAGAUUCCAGGUUGAGAGACAAGGUGACGACGAGUGUGGAAGUACAUGAUGCCAUUUAUGUGACCAUGGAACUCCUUUCUAACUGGGGAAAUCCAGUAAAUGUGGGCCUGAGCCAGGUGGAAUUCUUUGAUUUACACAAUGAAAAGAUAUUUGUGUCUCCUCAUGAUGUGGACAUUCGAAAUGCCGACAACCCAGGGGAUUUGUGCUGCUUGGUCAAUAACAACUUCAACAUCUCAAAGGAAAGCUUCCUUUGGAUGUGCCCUUUCCAUCCACCUGUCCAACUUUACUUUGUUAUCCGCAAUCCUGUUCACUCACGUGACUUUGGUCUAUCCAAGAUCAAGAUUUGGAAUUACAACACAACAACUCCCAGUGAACUUGAUAUUGGAGCAAAGAAAGUGAAGUUGUAUGUUGAUAAGAACCUUGUAUUUGAUGGUGAAUUAGAGAAAGCCUCUGGAAGUCUCCUCGCUGACCAUAGCACUACAAUUGACCUUUCAGAUCACAGACAAGAUCUAUCUUUGUAUUCUUCAAGUGAAAAGAAAAAAGUAGAUGCACCUGCAGUCCCAGAGAAGAAAGCAGACCUACAUUUUAAAUGCUUACAGUCAAGCACUACUUCCCUAAACUGGAAAUCUCUGCCAGAAGAAAAUCUUCCAGAGCAUAAGAUGAACUCAGUCAGCUUUACAAAGAAAAAUUUGCCUGAAUUAGAGGUUGAUCUAAAAGUGUUGCCAUCUCAAGUUUGUAUGAAAGAUGCCAAAGAGAAGGCAACAGUACAAGCAGUUACUGAGCAUGUUCAAUCUGACGAUGAACUUACUUUGAGCGAGCAAAUGGAAAAGCUAACAGGAAGAAAAUUGUCUGAUUCUACAGGUGCAAUUCCUUCUUGGUUACAGUCAUCUUCCCAAAUAGCAGAGACUAAUCAAGGUACUUGCAAUAAGCAGAGGCCUUCUUGGCUUAUCACAGAACAUUCUUCAGGGUUGGGAUUUCAAACACAAUCAGAUGGAAUAAUGAGAAGCUUUUCAGAUCUGACUGAGGAGGUCAACUGUCAGAGAAAUGGACUGGGAAGAUCCACUAGUAGAAGUGCAAGUCGAGACGAGAGGUCACAAAUGAUAGCCAGCAAGGAUUGUGAUGUGAGCUUGGACAUCAUAGAGAAACUUUCUAACAAAAAUUGCUGCAGCUUACAGUACCCUACAAGUGGAAGGAGAAGUGUCAGAUGUGUAAAAAAGGCAGGAUUAAACACUACAAAUCUUGGAGAAGAUGAGUCCACUCUCAAAGAUGAAGACUUUUCUAUCAAGGACAUAGCAACCUCUAGAGCAAAGUGGCACAAUGAACAAGAACACAGUCUGCAGGAGUCUUGGAACUCUUUGGUGAAGUUUAAUUAUUCCCAUCGCGGGCGAAUCUCUAACAUGGAUUUUCAAGGGGAUAUCUUCGAUGAGUUUCUCCAUCAACAGAAGAUCAACCGGCCUGGAGAACAUCAGCAAAUGAGAAAAGAGGGACCACAAACAGUACCAAAAAGACAAGAAGAAGAAAAUUCUGUGGAGACACACAAUGGAAGUGACUUUAAAAUUCCUGUUUUACCUUAUGGGCAGCACUUAGUGAUAGACAUUCGAACGACAUGGGGAGACAGACAUUAUGUUGGUCUUAAUGGAAUUGAAGUUUUCAGUUCUAAAGGAGAGCCUGUUCAGAUUUCAAAAAUAACAGCUAAUCCACCUGACAUAAAUAUUUUACCAGCUUAUGGCAACGAUCCCAGAGUAAUAACCAAUCUAAUUGAUGGGGUAAAUCGGACGCAGGAUGAUAUGCAUCUCUGGCUGGCACCAUUUACCCCUGGAAAACCUCACUUCAUCUUUAUUGACUUUGUGAAUUCCUGUCAAGUAGCGAUGAUUAGGAUUUGGAAUUAUAAUAAAUCUCGCAUACACUCUUUCAGAGGUGUGAAAGACAUCGUAAUGGUGUUGGAUGAACGCUGCAUCUUUAAAGGUGAAAUUGCGAAAGCUUCAGGGACCUUGUCUGGAGCUCCAGAGCACUUUGGGGAUACUAUAUUGUUCACUACUGAUGAUGAUAUUCUUGAAGCUAUAUACUGCUAUGAUGAACCAUGUGAUGGACAAAUGGAAAAUGCCAACUCCUUGGGAUAUGAGGAAGAGCUAAAGAGGCCAACAACUGCUGAUAGGGAGGGAAAUGAAAGACCUUUUACACAAGCAGGGUUAAGAACAGAGGAUCAACAGGUUCAAGAGCUAGACCCUUUCCCUGAACGUAUACCUAAGGAAUCAGGAAUAUUUACUGGAAAAUGCCUGCAACUGAAUUUUACCAUGACCUGGGGAGACUCUCAUUACCUUGGGCUGACAGGACUUGAAGUGAUAGGAAAGAAUGGUCACGCAUUAAAAAUAAGUGCAGAACAGUUAUCUGCUUCACCACAAGACUUAAAUGAUCUGCCAGAGUAUGCAGGAGAUUCCAGAACAUUAGAAAAGUUAAUAGAUGGGACUAAUAUCACAGUAGAGGAUGACCAUAUGUGGCUCAUUCCAUUCUCUUUUGGAGAAGAUCAUCUGCUCACAAUCCAUUUUGAUAAAAUUGAAAGUAUUGCAGGGCUUCGCUUUUGGAACUAUAAUAAAUCUCCAGAGGAUACCUAUAGAGGGGCUAAGGUAGUCCACGUGUUGUUGGAUGGUCAAAGCAUCUCCCCAUCAGAGGGUUUCCUUAUCCGCAAGGGACCAGGCAACUGCCAUUUUGACUUUGCCCAAGAAAUUCUCUUUCUCGACUAUCUGCAGCCCCAGCUGAUUAAUAAAGUACAAAGGAGGACUGGUUCAAAGAAGAUGGAACAAGCUAGUAUGGACUAUGAAGCACCAUUAAUGCCCUGUGGUUUUGUUUUCCAGUUUCAGCUUCUGACAAGUUGGGGUGAUCCAUACUACAUCGGUUUAAAUGGACUUGAGUUGUUCAAUGAACAUGGAGACCCAAUCUUACUAACUGAAAACAAUAUUGCUGCUUUUCCAGACAGUGUCAACGUUCUGGAAGAUGUAUCCGGAGACAUCCGAACUCCAGACAAACUAAUUGACAGAGUGAAUGACACAACUGAUGGCAGACACAUGUGGCUUGCACCAAUUCUUCCUGGUUUGGUGAAUAGGGUCUAUGUCAUUUUUGAUGUACCUACUACUGUGUCAAUGAUCAAGUUAUGGAAUUAUGCCAAAACACCUCAGAGAGGCGUGAAAGAGUUCGGUCUUCUGGUGGAUGACUUGCUUGUCUACAAUGGGAUUCUGGACAUAGUGAACCAUGUGGUAUCAGGCAUCCUGCCAACCUGUGAUCGUGUGGUCCCGUAUCAUACCAUUCUCUUUACAGAUGAUGAGAGGAUUUGCCAUCAGGAAAGGAGAACUGUUAUUAGCAAUCAUAUGGGAGAUCAGGAUGUACGAAUGAUGAAUGAAAACGAGAUUGUGACAAACAGCAAAAAGAAGCAGGUUGUGGCUGACCCAGCUUUGCGCCCAAAAACCUGCAUGUGUGAAAAAGGACUGCAGAGGAGGAAAAGAUAACAAGGAAUUGUCAUUGGAAAGUCCUGAAUACACCCAGUCCUAAGUAACUGCAGUCUACAUCUCCAAGAUAUGUGUCAUCCAAAUGGAAGAUGUUCUGUGUCUGCUGCUGCUGAGCUACCUCCUGUCUUACAAGAGAAAGUGUUAUUUGCUGCAGGAAAUUUUCUCCAGUAAUGAAAUUUAAAGAGCAAAUUCAGUUUUGGGGGGUGGUUUUCUUUUUUUUUUGAAUUGUCAUUAUCUAUCAGAUCUCUUCUUUUUCCACCCCUCUCUUAAUUGAAAAUCCAGGGAGGAAGGAGUGAGAACGUUAUUGCUAACUGACAACUGUUCCUGCCAAGUACCAAGAACUCACUAGAAGGAAGUCUCUGCUUUAUUUCUGAUGCCUGUAAACAGUUCUUUGGGAAAUGCACUUAUUAGAGAAAAUAUUCUUUUCCCCUCUGUUUCUGGAUUGCCACUGUAUAUUUUGCUGCCAUGGCUCUGUCUAGGGGCUGACACUGUUUCUGACAUCUGGAGAUGCAGAAGUGUCAUGAAUGCUUUGAGAAAAUGGAGAUCAGGACGGGGGUUUAUCCAGGUUUAGUAACUAAGUUUCAUCUGUUGCUUCUUUGAUUUUUUUGCAGUGAAAUAAUUCUUUCCUUCAUUAUUUCACUACCAUGAAAAGAAGCAAAAGAGGUGUUUUGCCUGAAGUGCCAUUAACAGGUGUCCUACACAUUCUCCAGAGUCCUCCUGCUAUGGAGGAAUGCUUUUUUCCUCCUAUUUUGCCUGAAUUUGGUUAUAUGAACAAGGAGGCCAUAACUUCUGUGCUGCACUAACCAGAUCUGUUGCCAGCAACAACUCUGAGAAAUGGUAAAUGCAUUUUAACUAGCAGAAGGUAAGGAGUGAACUGCAUUUUUAAACACAACAUACCCUGCAUGUAGUCAUUUAAACAAAACCUGAACCAAGUGAUUACUCUGCAGGAUUUGUAGCUAUGCAAAUGCACUUCUCACUGAAAGUUUGUCAGUUGUGACAACCUAGAAAUCUCUUCUGUAGAAGAUUCUUCCUUUCUCAUUUAGAACUCAUUUCCAGAGAGAAUGGAACACUCUGAAGUCUGUCUAUGCUUUUAGACAUGAAACAGAUACACUAUUGCAGCUCCUGAUACAAAACGUGCAGCUUGUGCUAAGUCAGGAGUGCACUAUCUGGUAUAUUUGCUUAUGAAAAGCAUACUUGUUAACUGUUGUUGGCUAGGCUGAAAAGACACAAGGUAGCAAUGCAUUUCCAGGUUUGUGUGUAUUGAUGGAACAACAAAAUGUAUUUUGUACUAAAUAU